AAUUUGCGUAUUUUCGUUUUCGAAUAACUCAAUGAAGCAACACAAGUUUUCAAGGAAGAACUGGGAAUGGGUUCUUUUGGUAUUGUUUAUAAAGGUGCACUGAAAUUUGGUUCCAAGAAUCAAGUUGCAGUCAAGAGGUUAGACAAGUUGUCAAAAGAAGGAGAGAGGGAAUUUAAAACCGAAGUGAGUGCAAUCGGGAAAACCCAUCACACAAAAAUAGUCCAAUUGGUUGGAUACUACGAUAAGAGGCCUCAAAGACUUCUAGUAUACGAGCUCAUGACCAAUGAAAGUUUAGCUAAUUUCCUUUUCAGCCUUCCAAGACCCAGUUGGUAUCAAAGGACUCAAGUAGCGCGGGGAAUUGCAAGAGGACUAGUGUAUUUGCAUGAAGAAUGCGAUGCCCCCACCAUCCAUUGUGACAUAAAGCCUCAAAACAUACUCAUCGAUGAAUAUUUCACAACACGAAUAUCCGACUUUGGAUUGGCAAAAUCUUUGAUGUUUAAUCAGUCUUGGACUCAUAUUGGGAUAAGAGGAACUCGAGGAUAUGUGGCUCCAGAAUGGUUCAAGUAAAGAAGAACUUGAUUCUGUAUUCAAUGAAUCCAUCUACAGAUAUUUACAUUGUAUUUAUAAAGAUA